CUCCCCCUGUCCCCGUGAGAGGUGACGUAACGAGAGCUCGCCCGUGUUCGUUCCAGCUGACCGUAGCCGCGAUUCUGAGCCGUUUCAGUGGCUCCGGAGCAGGCGAUGGGUGACAACAACACCAGCAAAUAAAUAACGACAGGGAAGAGAGCACGUGACAAGGGGAGGAAAGGAAAAAGAAAACGGUGCAGCAGAUCUUUCCUGUAUUUUUGAGGCGGCUGUUAUUAAAUGACAGCUCGGGUAGUGGAGCGCUUUUGUCGGCUGCGCGUCUAAAACGCGUCGCACCGCACCGCUGGGCUCUAAUGGACGCCUGUCGUUUCCAGAUAAUUCGCUUUUUCAGGAAAUAUUUCCGUCCGGGCCUGAAGGAGCCCCAGCUCAAAUUGGUGCCAAAUGUCAGCAAAUAAGCUACCUCGAACACGUCAAGAGUGCGAGCUUCAAUUCAACUUUUGUUGAUAUCAGCGACCCAGAAGCGUCCCUGGGCGCCAGGUUUAAACCCAACAAGAAGAUGGAUCACAGUGCUGCUGAAUAGAGAGAGAGAGAGAGAGAGAGAACCUAUUGGGGAAAUGGAUUGAGUGGAUAGCACUUUGGGAAAGCUUUCUGGAUGCGGUUCGAGGUGUAAACCCUCUCCUAUCCUCCCAUCAAUGGUCAGCUGAGGGCUUUAUCCAGAAGCAGUUCCUGUCGAUCAUUCGCUAUACUCCUAUUUUUGUUUCAAGUUGGCUGAUUUGUGAUUUGAAAGUGAACCCAAGCCAAGUAUCCAAGUAUAGUCAGGUUAUGUCCAGGCCUCUUUCUCAGCUUCUACCUCCUCCAGAUCUUCCCUCUGGAGGUAGUGCACAGUUUGGCCCUACUUCUGCAGCAUCCAAUGGGCACCUGGGUCCAGUGGCCAGUCUAAAGUCUCUUCUCCAGCUUCCCAUUAAAGGAGACAGCAGAGGGAAAGACUGCUGUGAGAUGAUCGAUCAAGACAAACCGUUGGACUCUGAUGAGGAUUCACUAGGUGGAAUUGGAACUGGGGCCAGUGGCUCGAUGCGCACCUCUUCCCAGACGGCAUUCUUGGGGCCAUUGCUGUGGGAACGCACUCUACCAUGUGACGGUGGCUUAUUCCAGCGGCAGUUCAUGGACUUGGAGGAGUUCCUGACUGAGAACGGCAUGGGGUGCAUGCCACUGGGGAACACCUCUGGUACUCAGGCCCUCAUCCCCUCGCAGGGCAUGCAGUCAGCCAUUCCAAGUCAGAGCUCCUCACCAUCUCCAGGAUCUUCCUCAGCUUCCUCCAUUUCUUCUCUCUCAUCUUCGUCAUCCUCAUCCUCCCUUCUGGGACUAGAUGUGCCACAGGUCCCAACCCCAGGAUUGCUGGGAAGUCCUGAGUGUCUGCAUGGUGGACAGGCCGUGCAGCAAGACCCAUCUCCCAGCUCUUCCUGCGCACCUCCACCAGUACCCAGCACUGGUGCCCCUGCGGCUGAUGUCAUGGUGAACUUUGACCCUGACCCAGCCGACCUGGCCUUGUCCAGCGUCCCGGGCCAGGAAGCGUUCGACCCACGGCGACAUCGCUUUUCUGAGGAGGAGCUCAAACCUCAGCCUAUGAUCAAGAAGGCUCGCAAAAUGUUGGUGCCUGAGGAGCAGAAGGAUGAAAAGUACUGGAACCGGCGUGUAAAGAACAACGAGGCGGCGAAGCGCUCACGUGAUGCACGGCGCCUUAAGGAGAACCAGAUAUCUGUCCGUGCCGCUUUCCUGGAGCGAGAGAAUGCUGCACUCCGACAGGAAGUGGCUGACAUGCGCAAAGAGCUUGGCCGCUGUCGCAACAUCAUCAACAAAUAUGAGAAUCGCCACGGAGACUUAUGAAGGGGACACGAAGGGGGAAAAAAAAGCAGUCUAGUCUCUUGAAAAGGGAGUUGAAAGGCAGGGCUGUCAAACCACACUCAGAAAUUUCACUGAAGUUUUUUUCUAAACAUGCACUACUACAACACUCACGAAUUGUGUUUCUCUAAACGUGUGGCAUUGUGCAUGUGGCUGCAACAAAUAGUUGCUAACAGCUCAGUAAUCCUAGCGAAAGGGAAUGCUCACAAAGUCUAUAAGAAACGCUGUUCACAUUCAUAUUAUUCUUUUUGGCUGUAACACUAUGCUAAAAAUGUAAAAAAAAAAGUUAGCUUGUGUCAGUUUUUUAGGGGACAACUCGAUAUUCAGUGUUGCUCAGGCUUUAUGAGCAUUUCUUAUUCUUGGUAUUUUUUCUUAGAAGAUUAUGCAGACGACGCUGCAAAUAUUUUCUAUGACAAAAAAAGACCUUGUAUAUUUUUGACAUGGAUAUGGACAGUUACAAUAAAAGAGAAUAGCAGGAAGUGGACCGGAGGAUGAGAUAAGAUGAGAUGAGAGAGAGCACAAAGAUUUAGGCAGGAAAAUUGUAUAUUUUUAUACUUACAGGAACAGACAGGCAAAGAGAUUUUGGAAAUAAUUUUUCUCUAUAUUUUCUAUAUGGGUGGGUAGGGGCAUUUGUGAAAGAGAGCUAUAUGAAGAUGUAUUUCAAAUCAGGUUGGUUCAUGUGGCUGAUCGAGGAAAGUCUGAUACUGAAAUUAAACAAAAGAACGAGACGAAUCCAGCCAAACUAACAUGACGGACAAAGUGCAUUGUACUAAAAUCAGUGGCUGGUGUUGAAGCAAAUGGCAAACUAAGUGUUUUUGAAAAAUUUUCUUACAGUAUCUAAUUUUAAUUUUCUUCAAUUUCGGUGUGUUUGGUUCUGAGUUGUAAGCAGAUAAAAGGAGAAAGCAGGAGGUCUGGACAUUACACCCUGUCACUACAUUAGAGGAACGGAUGUACAAAAGAUUUUCCAUGUAUAUAUUUAAUUGUUCAAGCUUCUAUUCCACACACACACACACCUAUGUACACAAACUGGACCUUGGAUUGCAUGUGCACAAACCAGAUGUCUUUUAAGUCAACACACAUAAUCGAAGCUAUUUCAGCACAGUCGUCAUCCCUGAUCCUUCACACACAUCUCUUUUUUUCUCUUUUCCUCUCUCUUUCUCACAGUCUAUGAUUUUCUCAUUUUCCAAAACAGUGAUUCUGGAUUAUUUUACUUAGCUUUUUUUUGGUCCAAAUUUAGUUGGCAGUGAGUUGGUUGCAUGGUAGCUCAUUUUUUUAUAUACUGUACGAUCAGCACGGAAAACAAAUUACCCACAUGUUGUCCUUUUGGUACAGAUUCCUUGCACUAACCGUGUCUCUGUUUAAAUCAUAAGAGAUCUUUUUAAUCUAUUAGAAGUGUUUUGUAAAUUCCCAAACUCCGGUAUAUUCUCACGAAAUGAAUGCACCUGAUACUACUGUAAAAAAUAAUAUACUAUUAUAUAAAAGUUAUAUCAUGACCUUUAUGAAAUGAAAGUAUUCUAUCACUAGGUAUGUCUGUAAAUAUCAAUAUAUGUGAAUAUGUGAUUGUCGAGGUAAUUUGCAUAAAUGUAGUUUCUACAGAAAUCUAUUGCUUCACAAAAAAGUACUGAAACCCAGAAACGAAUCAAUUUGCAAACUCGGAUAAUAAUCAAAUAAUGUUUUUAAAAAUACAUUUUUUUUCAAAGGAAUUUUGUCCUGGUUGUAUAAAAUAUACAGAAUUCCUUUGAAGUCCAAUUAAUUUUGGGAUGACUGCUACAAAUAUACAGGACUCUCAAGAAUUAUUGGCACCCUUUAAGAAAAUGAAAAAUCUAAAAUGCGACAUUUUGCACUCACGUCAACAUUGUAAAGUUUAUUUAAAGUUAAUAUUUUGGUUAAAGACUAUUUUUUUAAGCAGUGAAUGUUUUCCCCCAACAAAACACUAAUUUUCAAAAUUAUUCGUACCCUUAUGAUUAAAAUUUUGUGAUGCCUGCCAGGGUAAUAACCGCACUGAGUCUCUUCCUGUAACAUCUAAUGAGGUUGGAGACAUGUGUAGAAGACAUGGUCCACACCUCCAUGCAGAACAUUUGAAGCUGUUGCACAUUCUUAAGUUUGUACAUGUGGACUUCCUGUUCAGUUUCAGUAGGGUUCAAAUCCAGAGACCGAGAUGAUCAUCGACAUGGAUUUUGUGUAACAAUUUCUUUGUUCAAACCAUUUCAAACUGUGAUCUUUACCCUUUAUUAAAAACCUUCUUCAACGUCUUCCUCACUGUGUGGGGCAGACAGUGUGCUCAGUGCUUCAAUUCGUGGCAAAUUGUUAACUUUUUCAGACAUGUGAAACAUUUUAAUGUGGCUUUUAUUGUGUUUUAAUGAUAAUUUAAUUGUAUUUUAUAACAAUUGUCUGUCUCCUGGAUUGAAAGGCCUUGUUUUUCUUUCAUGGUAAUGGAUGAAAAGGGGAUUUUACAUGUGUGUAGCCUCAUAUUUAUAUCCCAGGGAUCCCAGACAUGGUUAAAGGCAACAACAGAGUUCCUGUGCAAAUGCAAAGUAAUAUAAUAAUAAUAUAGAUUUCAAGAAAUGUCAUUUUGUUUGCAUUUAUAUAAAAUAUUUCUCAAUAAUUUUGGCACAUAUAUUUCUGAAUUAAUAGAAAAUACGAUGUCUCAUGAGAAAUUUUUCUUAGAACGAAAAAUUAUUGUGUGAAAUGUUUAUUUUAAUGAGUCAAUUUUGAUAAUUUUUAUGAAGGGUGCCAAUAAUUAUGGAGGGCACUGUAUAUAAAAAUCUCUGAUUUGCACAGGACAAUUUAAAUGUUUCUUUUUUCUUUUUAAAAUUAUUAUUAUUAUUAUUAUUAUUGAUAAUAUUCUGGACUGGUUCCUAUUCCUUUGUUCCUGUUCAGAGUUCUCUUGUGAGGAGCUUUCUAAUGAAGCGCUCACCUUUGUAGUAAUAACACCAAUAGCACCAUCUUGGGAAAACUUGUAUCGCCAUUUGACUGUUCAUAGUUGGCACUGUCCACCAAGACUUGCCAUUGUACGUGUGAGUUUAUACAAGCUGAUUAAAAACAAGCAAGAUUUGUUUUUUCUCCUGGAUGAAUCUAAUCUACUCCUUCGUGCCAGCAAUGACUUGGUGCUGCUUUUCCUCUUGCACAUCAAAGGAGUAUGAUUUUUGUUACAUCAAAACUUUCUAGAAGCUUAAAUUGAAACCUUGUGCUAUUUUUCUAUAUGACCCUGUACACAUGUUAAUGGAAUUACACAGCCACUGGUAACUUAUCCUCUUUUUCCAGUGACGAGUUUCUUACCAGUUGUUAUUGCGGGUAUUGUAUUCAUCAUAUUUUGCCUCUUUCCAUGUGGAAUAUUAACAGGUCCUUGGUUGUGACUGUUAUUAACUACAAAUACCAAGAGCAUACAAUUAUCAAAGCUAAUAGAACCAACACUAUCUACUGUUCUAUGUUUGGAGAUACUGGGAAAUGUGGUCUGACUUUUUCCUGACACGCCAAUAAAUGGUUGCCAUUAUUCACCGAAA